AUGCAGUCAAAACUUAACGAUAAAGAUGAAUUGAUCGCUCGAUGUACCGAGGAGUUUGCUAAUGAUUUGACAGAAUUGAAAAAAUUGGAAAAUUUUCAUCUAGACUACAAACCAGAGAAAUUCUUUGAAUGGUAUACAAAAGAUGUGUUUGUCUAUCGUUUGCUGAAUAAAGCUCUUCCGAUUCAUUCAAAAAGAUAUGAAAAAUCAGCUCAUGCUCUAUCAAAAACAGGCACCCAUUCAUGUUUAAUUAUUGUGGCCAACGACUUUCAAAAGAUGAAUAGAAAAAUUUGUCCGACCGUUGCCAACAUUCAUCUCGAUGGAUAUAAUUCUGAUGAUGAAAUGAGAGUAUUACUCGAAAUUACUACUGAUCCAAAACUUACAGACGGUGUACAACCCUUGUCUAAUAUAACAAGAUUUAGUCAAUAUCCAGAAGAGGAAGAAGUGCUUUUUAUGGCCGACAUUAUUUUCUCGUUUACAGAUGUGAUCAUUGGAGACUCAUUUUCAGCAGUCAAGCUAGAACUACGCAGCGAAGAAGAUAACGAUUUAAAAUCACUUUUUGAGACAUUACUCAAUGAAUAUCGUUCUAUUCAAAUUGUAGUGAUAUGA